AUGCGGCUGGAGGCGCAGGACGCGCUGUACGUGGCGCUGGAGCUGGUCAUCGCCGCGCUGUCGGUGGCGGGCAAUGUGCUGGUGUGCGCCGCGGUGGGCACGUCGAGCGCGCUGCAGACGCCCACCAACUAUUUCCUGGUGUCCCUGGCCGCGGCCGACGUGGCCGUGGGGCUCUUCGCCAUCCCCUUCGCCAUCACCAUCAGCCUGGGCAUCUCUACGGACUUCUACAGCUGCCUCUUCCUCGCCUGUUUCGUGCUCGUGCUCACGCAGAGUUCUAUCUUCAGCCUCUUGGCCGUGGCCGUCGACAGGUACCUGGCCAUCCUUGUCCCGCUCAGAUACAAGAGUUUGGUCACGGGGAGCCGGGCAAGAAGAGUCAUUGCCGUCCUCUGGGUGCUUGCCUUUGGCAUUGGGCUGACCCCCUUCCUGGGGUGGAACAGCAGAGAUAGUGCCAUCAGCUGUACAAAGCCCUGGAAUGGAACCGUGAAUGAAAGUUGCUGCUUGGUCAAGUGCCUCUUUGAGACCGUGGUCCCCAUGAGCUACAUGGUGUAUUUCAAUUUCUUUGGGUGCGUCCUGCCCCCACUGCUCAUAAUGCUCGUGAUCUACAUCAAGAUCUUCAUGGUGGCCUGCAGGCAGCUUCAGCGCCCUGAGCUGAUGGACCACUCGCGGACCGUGCUCCAGCGGGAGAUCCACGCUGCCAAGUCCCUGGCCAUGAUCGUUGGGAUUUUUGCUUUGUGCUGGAUACCAGUACAUGCCAUCAACUGUGUCACUCUUUUUCAGCCAGCGCAGGCUAAGAAUAAGCCCAGGUGGGCCAUGAACAUGGCCAUUCUCCUGUCACAUGCCAACUCCGUUGUCAAUCCCAUUGUUUAUGCCUACAGGAACAGAGACUUCCGCUGUACUUUUCACAAAAUCAUCUCCAGGUACAUUCUCUGCCACACCAGUGUCUUCAAGAGCGGGAACGGGCAGGCAGGGGCUGAGCCUGCUCUUGACGUGGGCCUAUGACUAGGCUCUGUCCUCUUCAGAAUGCACAAAUGCACAAUAAGCAAAGGGACAGGACACA